AUGACAAGCCUGAGCAUUCUACUCGGAGUGGUAAGGAAAUGGAGGGGUAGCUCUCAAAUACUUCCCAAAGCUCUGAUGUCUUACUGGGUGGAGGCCAUAGGUUUCAUCAGCCCUCAGCAAGACAGCGCUACCUUCGACCCUUUUCCACGAGCUGAUACAGUACUUCUCUCACUUCUCAGCCUUGCCAUUUUCUUAGUCGCGGCUGUGUUUGCUCUUGUGUUCUCAACUGCUUCUGUCAAGCAAUUUAUCAUUGCUCUUAACGCUACCCUUGCCGCUGUACUGGGCACUACUUUCAUCUUCGAUAUCAUUACAAGAAACCAUCGCGUAUGGAGGAGGAAUUUCAUGAAUACCGUUCUCACGAUUCUUUUGACGAUAGUUGUUCUCACAGCACUGUAUGCUCAGAUCUGGCACAAAGGCCUCAACGAUGUUGUGAUCAGGCAGGAAACAGAUACCAUUAGUCAUCCGCGAUUCCCCGCUGUCGCCUUCUUUCAACGACAGGAUGGUUUACAAGCCAACAUCUAUACCGCCGAAUUGAAAUGCUCUUCCGGUCCGAGACUAGAUCAUGCUGUUCAGUGCAGCAGUCUAACUGUUCCGGAAGCCGUGAAAACAGCUUCCUGCGACUGUGGAGACAGCUGGCCUGGAUUGGAAAGAUUGAACCAGGGGGCUAACAAGCUGAUGUGGAUUGGGGAAAACACAUCAUACUCUGCGAUGGUACCCAGUCCAACCACUAUCUCCAGAGGAGCUGGGCAUUUUAUAGAGAUGCAAAUUUGGUUCAACUAUAACACGACCGAAGCGUGGGAACUUGCGACGGUUACUACAGCGCCAGGAAUCUGGAUGGCAAUAUAUGAUCCGUCCUACGACAUCAAGCAGAUGGUCACGGAUGGUCAGCUUUACACUGCCCAAAUUGAUGCCAAUAGUCACACCGUUGUGAACAUCGGGUUGGUGCAUUAUAGGUACCUUAACAAAACUGCCAACUACCGAUAUCGUAAGUUCGAAAGCCUACAAUCAUCGUUCAUAUACGACGGCUCACAAAUCAUUUUAGAAGUGUCAGCCUCGGCUCGUCAGAACCUUGACCUCGUUUGCGAUGUUACGAAAGAUGGAUGGUAUCUGUGUCAUCUCACUGUUGAGAUGCAAAUCCCAAGUCUUCUGCGAAUGAUUGUUCAAGAGGAGAACAGACUGGAUUGGACGAGAGUCGUAGCGGAUGCCGGAGCAUACUUUGCACUCAUCCAGUUCUUUUGCUGGAUAGUUUCUGGCAUGGCUUGGUCGUAA